AGUCGCGACGGCCCGGCCCCGAUCCGGCUUCGUUCACCGCGGCGCCGCGGGGACAGCGGGACGGAGCGAACGCGAGGUUCCUCGUGCCAUGUCCAUGUCGCCGAAGAGCACAGACACACCACGGAGUGUGAAGAGCGCGCGGACGCCGAAGUUCACCGAGGACUCUGCGCGCUGGCUUUCAGCGGAGCUACGGCAGGAGCGUCAAGCGAUGCAGGCCAUGCUGUUGGCUCGGCAUGAGGCUCUUCUCCGACGGCUCGUGCAGGAUGAGUUCGAGCCCAAGCCCGAAGCCCUCAUCAACGAAGUGCCCAAGUCUUUGGGCCCGGUUCAUGCCAGCCGCAAAGCAGGCUGCAGCGUCUCAGGCACAGCUGGCACAUCCACUGAGCAAGUGCAGGCGAUCGAGUUAGUUUCAGGCCCUGACAGUGCUGGAGAAGCCCCACCAGGUGCCCCUGCUCUUGCUCAGGACCCGUCCGAGGAUGUGAUUCCCAGCCCCACAUUGACCAAAGCGAAUAGCAGCCGGUCGCAGAUGUCCAAGUCAUCGACCAAGAAAACCACCAGGUCGCUCAUCUAUGGGGAUCGACAUCCGGACAAGGGGCUCUUUCACAUCGAUCGCUCCUCCAUGCGGAAUUUUGUGAAAGGUCCAUUUUUCGAGACGUCCUUUGCGAUUUUGAUUCUGAUCAACACGAUUUUCAUGGCCCUUGAAUACCAAUUCAAUGGGCUCUUAGUUGGCCUUGAGAUCAACUACCCUUACAUGGACAGUGUGACUUCAAAACAUUGGCCCUGGGCCCGGGAUACCUUCGAGGCUUCGGAGUGGUUUUUUGGGCUCGCCUUUUCCUGCGAGCUGGUGAUGAAGUUAGCUGGGCUCAAAUGCGACUUCUUCAAGGAUUGUUGGAACUACUUGGAUCUUCUGAUCGUGAUGUUCUGGAUCAUUGAUGUCCUCCCCUUGGAUCCUAUGUUGAUUCGUGUAUUUCGUUUGGCCAAGCUGCUGCGGUUGAUCAAGUUGGCGAAAUCCAUCAAAUCAUUUGAUUCGCUGUACUUGCUCACUGCAUCCAUUGCCAGUAGCGCUUCGGCGUUACUUUGGUCCGGUGCCUUGAUUUGUAUCGUGCAACUCUCCGUGGCCUUGAUUCUUAGUACCUUCUUGCUACCCUACUGCACGGAUCUGUCAAACCCUCCUGAGGACCGCAUGGAGGUCUAUCGUUACUUUGGCACCUUCUCGAGAUCGAUGUUGUCCAUGUUCGAGUUGACCCUGGGGAAUUGGGUGCCCAUCUCAAGAAUACUCUCGGAAAAGGUCUCAGAAUGGUACACCAUUUUCACGCUGGCGUUCCAAGUCGUUCUUGGCUUUGCAGUGAUUAAAGUGAUUACGGGAGUUUUCCUGACCGAAACGAUGAAAGUCGCUUCCAUGGAUGAUAGCAUUAUGUUGAAAAGCAAGGAGAGAGCAGUGAGGCUCCACAAGGAGAAAAUGGGUCGCUUGUUUGAACAUGCAGAUUUGGACUCUAAUGGCUGCAUUGACUGCGUUGAAUUCCAUCAGCUCUUGCAGGAUAAGGAGGUUCGUCAAUGGUUGUCGUCGAUGGAGCUCGAUAUUUGGACCGAGCAAGACGGUGAUGCCUUGUUCACCAUGAUCGACGACGGUGAUGGCUUGGUCACCUUGGAUGAGCUGGUGAAGGGCGUGGCCAGGUUGAAGGGCCAGGCACGCAACGUGGAUCUAGCUUUGAUGAACAAGAGGCUCUUGGAGUUGAAACAGGAUUUGCUGGACAUGCAGCAGAGGCAGUUUGAACGUCUUUUCGUCUAUGCUGAGGACGUGGGCCAAGUCGACACGGAGAAGCGCUCCAUUUGAGGUUUUUCACACCGGACAGCACUUCAAGGUGAAGAGUUGCGUUGAAGACCGUUGUAAGUUGGGUGUUGAACCGUCUACGUUCCUAUACGCCCGCUGCAUGAUCCGCAUAGAAUGCGCUGCGCGCCAAAACGUGGAGACCUCAUUCACGGCUGCGCAGUAGAGGUGCACUGGAACUGUCAGAGAAGGGGGAA